AUGGAUCUCAAAGUAAAGCUACUGGAGAAUGAGGACUUGUAUUGUGAAACACUGUUGCUGUGGGUGUACAGUAUGACCCUCAGGAAUGGCAGCCUCACCAUUGCAGUCUUGGGCCUGCUUGGAAAUGUCUCUUCCAUCAUCCAUGCUGUGUACGAAUUGAGUGCAGGCAAUGAGGGAGCGCUAUUCUCCGACUACUCUAAGGAUAUAUCACCAGGUGUGCUCCGCAACAUUUCGAUCACCACGCUCUCCUCUGCGGUCGUGAUGAUGAUACUUAAUUCUGUCCUCAUCUAUGGAAUCCAAAAGGUUUUCUCUGAGAUUAUGGCACAGGUGUCGCGUGGACGCUGUGCUGGGAUUGAACAGCUCAUGGGCGUAACGGGACAAUCAGACAGCACGAACCUAUCUCAAAAAAAUGUUACUGUCCGUGUCUCUGAACUCGAUCGAGGACGAACUGUUCCCACAAACAUAUCUGGAUAG